CGCCUGAGGGGAGCGACCGGCGGCGGAGCCGGAGCUUCUCCCGGAGGAGGCGGUGGCGGGACGCGAGCCGUGAGGCAGCCGAACCGUGAGGCAGCCGGGCCGCUUCCUCCGCUUCCUCCCCUUCCCCUUCCUCCUCCUCCUCCUCCUCCUCCUCGCCCUCCUCCCCUAAGAUGGCGGCGGACCCCGCGGAGCAGUUCUGCGUGGCCGAGGAGCGCAGCGGCCACUGCGCCGUGGUGGACGGGAACUUUCUCUACGUGUGGGGGGGAUACGUGUCAAUUGAAGAAAAUGAAGUUUAUCUGCCUAAUGAUGAGCUCUGGAUCUAUGAAAUGGACAGUGGGUUAUGGACAAUGCACCUGAUGGAAGGGGAGCUGCCCACCUCCAUGUCAGGGAGCUGUGGGGCCAGCAUCAAUGGGAAACUGUACAUUUUUGGGGGAUUCGAUGAUAAAGGAUACAGUAAUCGGCUCUAUUAUGUCAAUUUGAGAACAAAAACCGGAACCUACAGAUGGAAAAAGAUCACGAAUUUUAAAGGUCAACCUCCUACCCCACGUGACAAACUUUCCUGCUGGGUCUAUAAGGACAGGCUGAUAUAUUUUGGUGGCUAUGGCUGCAGGAAGCACAAUGAACUGAGCGACUGUUUCGACGUCCAUGAUGCGUUUUGGGAAGGACAGAUAUUCUGGGGCUGGCAUAAUGAUGUUCAUGUUUUUGAUACAACCACACAGACUUGGUCUCAACCAGCAAUUAGGGGUGGAGAUCCCCCUCAGCCUCGAGCAGCUCACACCUGUGCUGUGCUGGGAAACAAAGGUUACAUCUUUGGAGGACGAGUGCUGCAAACCAGAAUGAAUGAUUUGCACUGCCUCAAUUUAGACACUUGGACUUGGUCUGGAAGGAUUAAUAUCAGUGGAGAGAAACCAAAGGAUCGCUCCUGGCACACGUUGACUCCCAUAGGAGAUGACAGACUUUUCCUUUUUGGUGGACUAAGUUCUGAUAAUGUUCCUUUAAGUGAUGGCUGGAUCCACAGCAUUACAACAAACGGAUGGAAACAACUCACCCACUUGCCUAAGAGUAGGCCUAGACUCUGGCACACAGCCUGCCUGGGAAAAGAAGGAGAAGUGAUGGUGUUUGGUGGGAGCAAAGAUGACCUGCUUUUCAUGGACACAGGUCACUGCAGUGACUUGUUGAUAUUUCAGACUCAGCCUUAUUCCCUCCUCAGGCUGUGUCUUGACUGCAUUGGGAAGAAUGCAGCUCUCUUGAGGAACCAGAUUCCCUGCCUGCCACCCAAACUUCUGCAGGAGGUGCUGAAGAAAAUCACCUUCUGGGCCGCAGUGACCCACCGGCAGGAGAGGAAAGCCGAGACCGAGAGACAAAGUCAGCUCAACGCCACAUGAGCAAGGGCAGGGAUACCCUGGGACACCUCCAAGUGUUUUGUUACUGCUGUUCCAGAGCAACUGUGUGUUAAACUGAGUUUCUAAGUGAAGUUUGAGAACAAAAGAAAUCCUUUUUAUGGGAAGUCUCUCUUGUUUUCUGCGCGUGGGAAACGGAUGCGACUUCAUUUGUAUAUAUUGUUCAUUUCUGUUGUGGUCUGAAGGAGACAGUCCAUCCACCUUGUUCUGUUGGAAGGGGACACGAUACAAAACGUUUUCAGUUGGAUAAAAACACGGCUUAAAGUCAAAAACCUUCCUCCAGCCUUAUCACAUCAGCCUAAAUUGGUUCAACGCAGUGACCCGGUGGAGAUCCACACUCGGCAGUCUUAAAAGGUAACAAAUUCAGGAGCACCACCAGAUCUUAUUGUUUGAUUCCACCAGCCUCUCCUCUCAUCAUCCACUCAAACAACGGAGCCCCACCUCGUGCUCCAAGGAGGAAAAUCCGUAAGGGAACCGCGGAACUUGAAGCAAAACCUGCAGCGAGCAGCGUGACCUGGUGUCGUGUAGGAAACCUUCUGCUCCCCACCUGGUUUUACUGUUUCUGUCAUCACCAAGUCCUUUUGGAAAUAAGUUGUAUAUUGUAUUUUGGAUGUGUAAAGUUUAUAUUUCAUUCUUGUUUAAAAAAAAAAAAACAAAAAAACACACACACAAAAAAAAAAAGUUGCUUAUUUAUUGUUUACAAAGAGCAAACGUAGUACAGGCUAUUUUUCUGUUUCAGAUAUUUAGUUAACAGGAGCACAGUCAUUAAAAUUUUAUAGAGAGUUGAAACCAGAUCCAUUUUGA